UCUCGGGCGGCGGCGGGGCAGUGCGAUGGGGGUGGGCUACGAGGGGGUCUUUACUGAGACUUCUGAAUCGCACGCACCCAGAGCCGUCAGGGCCUGUCCCCUCGGCGGCAGCAGGACCUCGACUGCCACGGGAAGGCGCCCUGCCCUCGCCUGCCCGCCCCGCGGCCUGCCCUCGCCUGCCCGCCUCGCCGUCUGCAGUGCCCGGGCUUUGCCGGUCUGGCAGGAAGAUAUAUGACGGGACUGAGAAUGGCUCUCAAAGAGAGGGAAAAAUUAGCUCCUGGGAGCAAACCUGAAAGUUGUUCUCUUCCACUUGUUGGAAGGGAAAACUGAAGAUCUUCUCAGAAUAUUUUGCAAGGGUCUUUCUGUAAUGCCGGCAACAGAUGCUAUAAGGCUGCUAGUGAUGGCUACGUACUUUUCUUCUUUAUUGCUGAAAGGGGCUGAAGCAUUUAGACCGAGUCGGCUGAUCAGGCCAAACAACACAAUAUCAUAUUAGUCAAUAUAACAGCAAAAGUGGUCUCCGUUGGAGAAAAUGUAUUUCAGGCUGGGCAUUGCCCAUCCUGUAGGAAAAACAGAAGGCAGGGAGCUUAAUACACACUAGACAUCUUCCCUGCAUAGAAUGAAGUCAUACUCCAGAAAAGAAGAGCCUGUAUUUGUGCCAUGCAGUCGGACUACAGUGCUCUUUGCAGUCCUUGAGGAGAAAAACAGUCUUCUUCCCUGAAAGUGGACCAGCAGAUGAAAGUUUGUAAGGUAGCAUCACGGUGCAGGUCUGAUCUGAUGAAACCACAACUAAUGCUGAUGCCUGCCUAUGAUGGGAAGAGAACACAGACCACAAACUUGGGAUUUCUGGCCUCUUAUUAGCAUUUCCAUGGUUUGGAAUGGAUAUCGGUGGAACAUUGGUUAAACUGGUCUACUUUGAACCUAAGGACAUUACUGCAGAAGAGGAACAGGAGGAGGUGGAAAACCUGAAAAGCAUUAGAAAAUACUUGACCUCCAAUACAGCCUAUGGUAAAACUGGCAUUCGUGAUGUCCAUCUUGAACUGAAAAAUUUGACUAUGUGUGGACGCAAAGGAAACCUGCACUUCAUCCGUUUUCCCAGCUGUGCCAUGCACAGGUUCAUACAGAUGGGUAGUGAAAAGAACUUCUCCAGUUUGCACACUACACUCUGUGCCACGGGAGGUGGAGCUUACAAGUUUGAAGAGGACUUUAGAACGAUUGCUGAUCUACAACUCCAUAAACUGGAUGAAUUGGACUGUUUGAUUCAGGGCCUCCUUUAUGUUGAUUCUGUCGGUUUCAAUGGCCAACCAGAGUGCUAUUAUUUUGAAAAUCCUACAGAUCCUGAACAGUGCCAGAAAAAGCCUUAUUGCCUUGAUAAUCCAUAUCCUAUGCUGCUGGUUAACAUAGGCUCAGGGGUCAGCAUCCUAGCUGUGUAUUCUAAGGACAACUAUAAGAGAGUCACAGGAUCCAGUCUUGGAGGAGGAACGUUCCUGGGCCUGUGCUGCCUACUGACUGGCUGCGAGACGUUUGAAGAAGCACUAGAAAUGGCUGCGAAAGGAGACAGCACUAAUGUGGAUAAGCUGGUGAAAGAUAUUUACGGAGGAGACUAUGAGCGGUUUGGCCUUCAAGGGUCUGCUGUAGCCUCAAGCUUUGGUCAUAUGAUGAGUAAAGAAAAGAGAGAUUCCAUCAGUAAAGAGGACUUGGCCAGAGCUACUUUGGUCACCAUCACCAACAACAUAGGUUCUAUUGCUCGCAUGUGUGCAUUGAACGAGAACAUCGACAAGGUGGUAUUUGUUGGCAACUUUCUCAGAAUUAAUAUGAUUUCUAUGAAGGUGCUAGCAUAUGCUAUGGAUUAUUGGUCCAAGGGACAGCUGAAAGCUCUGUUUUUGGAACAUGAGGGUUAUUUUGGAGCUGUUGGGGCUCUUUUAGAAUUGCUUAAAAUGACAGAUGAUCAGUGAUGAAGCUGUCUGAAGAGAUUCCUACUGCAGAUGCUGCUGGAUAAGAGUGAGAGCCACUACAAGGAUGGAAAUGAAGCCAUUAUGGUAGUAUUACCUGCUGGAUUUGUAAAUAACUUAAAAUCCUUUUAGCUGAUCUUUAACUUCUGGGUUUUGAGCUUAUACUUCAGAAUUCAUACUGGGAAUAACAAAAGAUUUUUUUUUCUGUACACUGUAUUUUUUAGGGGAAAAAUGUGCAAAGUGGCCAAACAUACAGAUUUUAUGGAUUUAUUUUAAAAAGUGGAUACUGUUUAAUGUAGGACCUGUGAUAUGAGGCAUCUGCUUUUCUUCUGGGGUUUACUGAUUAGUGUGGUAAUUUUAACUUCAUUUAGUAAUCACUCUAGGAGAUUUUUUAUCUUAUUUUCAUGACGUUUCAUGAUUUGUUCUUGGUUUCAAAUGAAACUACAAAGCUGAUGCAUUUUACUGUGAAAACUAGUCAUUGAUUUUUUGCCUUUCCUUUCCUCAUUAGAUGAGACACUUUAUUUAACGUCCCCCUGCCCCCCCCAAAAAAACCCCAACUUUACAAGCUUUCUGUGACUACAUGGGUUUCUUGGCAAGGCUGCGAGAAAACUUGGCGAGGGCAGGGGGUUUAAGAUUGUAAUUUUUCAGUGGUCAUGACUUGCAACAGGAACAGACUGCUAACUGGUUUUGCAGGACUAAUUCUCCUCUAUAUUAAAAAUUUUAAACAAGAUGUGAACUAAAAUUUUAAUUACUGGUUUGACACUAAAAUGAAAUCCUGUUUCUGUUGAAAAUAUCUGAUCUAUAUGAAGAGUUCUGUAGUACAGAUGUUAUUUAUAUGGUACAUACUUGGCAUUAGAUGACAAAGGGAGGAGAUUUGUUUUCACUUAUUUGAAGACUUUUCUGUAGUCUGCAAUUUUUAACUUAAUCUUAAUUGAAAACAACUGAUAACUGCAUUAUUUCAAAGCCCAGUUUCUAAAAUUAAAAAAAUAUCAACUAAUGUAUUUUCUGGUUUUAAGCUAAAUGUUAACUUUCCCUCCAGGACACUAAGGUUUGAAUGUUUAUUCAAAUACAGUAUUUUCUACCUUUUUUUUGAUUUGUGGACCUUUCCAGAUUCUUUUUUUUUUCCUCAGUUGAAUUGAGACCCCUUUGAAAUGUAUGUACUUAGGUUGCUGCAUAGCAUGUAUAAACUUGCUUUUCUUAGACACCAUGAGGGCUCACAAAUCAGAGGCUGAAAACCAGUCCAUAAAUUUUGUCUUG